UAUUUCUGAUGCUCGUGCCUCAUAAACAAGAUGACUUGGCGUGCAGUUUUUCUGAUCGCUUUGUUUACACUCGUUGUCGAGCUCGGAAAAGCCCUCAAUUGCUCCAGUAAUUCCCAGGAUGGAAACUACGAACCGUUUCCACGGGAUGUAAGCGUUAGCCCACCGGAAUUUCAUACCCGCAUGGAGAUUAGCUUGAGCCAUCGGAACGAAACCUACUUCGUGGACGAGCGAUUCGACGCGAAGAAACAGAGAGGGGCGUUCACCCUGAUUGCGUAUCAGUACGAUUGGGAGACAUAUUGGAACAAAUUGGAGAAUGAAAUAGACAACGUAUACACUUUGGAUGACUGUUUGAGUUAUAAUUGGUGAGUUUAAAUAUUGAAAAUUAAUCCCUUAUCUGUCCAAAUCAAAGUCAGAUCAAAAGUCAAAUCCUUUAUUUAGACACUUAACACCCAGGAGCACCAAAGUUCUCGUUAAAACGUGUACGUAUGUGCAAAUUUAAAAAAAUGUAAAAGUAUACAAGUAACCUAUACAUUACUACAAUUAAAAUGCUGACUAUAAAUAGAUCUACAAAAUGGCUAAAAGCAGAAUCUAAAACUACAACUGUUUACAGAAUUUACAAGCCCUAAACUUUAAGCUAUGUAAGCUUUAAUAGAUCGCUUAAAAGACGCAAUGUCUUGUGAUUCUCUGACUCCACCAAAAGUAUGAAAAGUGCGGUGCUAUGGAAUUAAGCGCGACUCCAAGUAUGGCCUUCUAAACUUAAGCUACCAAAAUGAGUUACAUGUAAGCGAGCAAGCUAAUUUCGUUUUGAUUAGCUGGUAAGUCAGGGGAACAUGUAGCUCCAACCUGCCAUACCUGACCCCAUCGCCAAGUUCUUUUUUGAUACGCUUAUAUUGGGUGCACAUUUUGAGCGAUUCUAAAACCACUUUACCUCAGUCUGACAGUGUGGAUAGAUUGCUUUGGAAAUAAAUACACAAACAUACUAUCGAACAAAUAAGAAAAACAUAAAACGAUUGUCAAGCAAGUAUUGGCUGAUGGGCUCCCAGUAACAGAUAAUGAAGUGGUUUCAUUUGCACUGUCACGCCAUAGUAUUUCAUCCACCUAUCUUUAAGAGGGGCCGUAACGGGGGGGUCCUGCGCACAGUUCACGGCUAUUAAAAAUAGUAAAUCACGAAUCACGGCAAUUAAUUUUUGAGUUUCACGGUUCACGGGAAAUAACAUGAUUGACGAGAGCGUCUUUCACAAAUAAGCCUCCACAUUGAGUGUUUUUACUCUAUAAGGCCCACGGAUCACUGCUAAUGUUUCAUUCGGAAGUUAUUGUUUGGGGUGUUUCCAUUUCACAGGUUCAAGUUCUCCGGGCAAGGAACUGAAAUUGGGUAACGUUUCAGUUAUUUUGGUGGGAGCCACGGUGGCCUAAUGGUUAGUGCGCUGGGCUCCAGGUCGGGCGGUCCGGGUUCGAGCCUCGGCCGGGGCGCCGCGUUGUGUUCUUAGGCACUUUACUCUCACAGUGCCUCUCUCCACCCAGGUGUAUAAAUGGGUAGCAGCGAAAUGUUGGGGGGUAACCCUGCGAUGGACUAGCAUCCCAUCCAGGGGGGAGUAGAAAUACUUCCAGUCGCUUCAUGCUAUAGAAACCGGGAUAAGCUCCGGCCUGAUGGGCCAUUCUAAAGAGUAAUGUUCUUCGGUCAGUGGGAUUGUGACUCGUUCCUUUCCUCCGAGGAAACCAAGAGAUCCAGGGGAUUUGGGAUCGAUGAAGUAAACGACACCUUCAAUUUCGCAUAUGGUUUUAAAACUUUUGUCGCUCUCCAUAACUUUGAUACUAAUGCCACUGACUUCAAGCGUGAGCUUGACCAUACUGAUUGCGUGAUCUUACAUACACACGCGACAAAGAUUUUGAUGGUCAAUGAUGUCGUUGUCUUUUCUUGUUAUCUAGCCCCGUGAGUCGGCUUCUGUCAAGUCUCAAAUUGCCUGUUAAUUGCUUUUCUAUCUUCUGUCGCGUCUGUCACGUAUCAAACACGCAAUGUGCGCCGCAUACAAAAGAGUCUUUUAUACAGACUCUUUUACACGGCAAGUUGAUUUUCACGUAAAAAAAUUGCUGAUUUCUAGUCAAGUUUCACGGUUUACGAAAAAUUAAGUUAUGGUUUCACGGUUUACGAAAAAUAAAUUUAUGGUUUCACGUGUCACGACAAGCAUAUCAUUCACGGUUCACGGAUUUUAAUUUAUCAUGAUCACGGAUCACGUAGAAUAAAAACAGGCAAUCACGUUUCACGAGAAACCCCCUUACGGCCCCUCCUUUAAGUAGUUACUACUCCUUUUCUGACAGUCUUUUAAGACUGUCAGUAAAGGAGUAGUAACGACUUUAAGAUAGCAGUCGAACCUCGCUAUUUCGAAUUCGGUUAAUUCGAAGUCCCCGCUAUUUCGAAGGAAGAUCGAAUGCCCUUGCAUUUACCCUUCCCUUUACGCUUCCGCGGUUAUUUCGAAGCCCCGCUAUUUCGAACUUUUUUUAUUUCCCUUGGGACUUCGAAAUACCGGGGUUCGACUGUAUGUCAUAAACAUUUCAUAAAUUCUUCACCGUGCAUCAUCUGGACCGAAGCGUUAGAGAUAGCAGUAGUUGUCGUGUUACUGAUAAUUGUUGUUCGAUAAUGAGGUCAGCCAGAUUAGGUUGACCCAUCUGUUAUGCUUGUUUGUCAAAAGGCUAGCACUUAAGAUCGUUUGUUAGAUUACAGGCAGCCCAAAGUUGAGAUAUGAACACCGGCACUAUUGUAUAACGUUUGCAUAUCUCGCGUAAGGCAGCAGUUAUAAGCGUAAGCAAAUGCGCAAGAGUCUUAACUUGUUUUUAAACAGGUUUUACUUGUGCAAAGUUAAUUUAUUCUUCCAAGGCGCUCGACGGCGGUUCGAUCAAAGAAGCAAACUGCCGGUCGCAGUGGUUUUUCUCCUUUCUUAGCGUAGUCUCCAGCCUGGGGGAAACCCGGCCACUGCCCGCAGGAUACGUAAAUCACGAAGCUUUAGAGCUUGGGUGGCCUCUGGUUAGAGUGAAUGGAUGGCUGGGGUUUGUCAAUUACUAACCAACAAAGAAAAUAUUUUUAUAUUUUCUUUCGGAAUCUGCUGCUGUCAUUACCUCAAGCAACUAGAUUCACGACGUUGAUUUUUCCACGAGUGAAGCACGUGUUCAUUGUUGUGAAAGCUGCCAUUAUUGUGGUCAAUGUACACUUAUUAAUCCUCUUUGUUGUCAGUCACGUUUUAAGGAGGUUAAAACUGGGUUUCGGGACCCGGAAGAAUUGUCCCAUUCCCCUGAAUAGAGCUUUCCUUUCAGAUACAAAUAUUGUGUGAACAUCUUUCCCGGACCAAAUUUUUUGUUUCCCCGGAAUGGAGGUGUCCCUUAAAUAGAUGUGUCCCAAAGAAGAGGUUCCACUGUAGUACGCGUACGAUUGCCAAGACUGUAGGAUACUGAAAACACCUUUUCUUGCUUGAAGUUAGGCUAACGGUUAAGCUUAAAUACAGUCGAACCUCCACCAAAGGUCACCUCUCUACAAUGGCCACUUUCUUCUCAGGGGCACCCAACGAGAACAUGGCUCAAAACUAUUUAAAAAUAGCAUUGUUAAACGUAUUUUAGUAUUUAAAUGGUAGAUAUAGGCAUCUUUUUAUCCUCUAAAAUCUGUUCGGAUUUCCUAGCUGAAAAUCUAGUGAUCUGAAAAUUAUAGGGAUCAAAACUUACCUUUUCGAAAAUUUCAACCAGAAAAAAGGCUCCUGAAAAUUCUAGGUGACCUUUUUAGGGUAAAAAUCCGUUAAAAAUGGGCAAUUAUACCAUUUUUUAGAUGUUCGAAAAUCCUAGGAGAGGCGGGCAAGCAAGAAAUUUUGCAACAAAUGUUCCGAAAAUUCUAGAUCUCAAAUCGUCUUCCAAACAGAUAUUUUCCGAAAUUGACGUUGGGUGCCCCUGUUCCUUCUGUCCUCAAGGUGGCCUCUGCGCAUCCUCGGAAACCCAGGGGCAGAUAGUGGGGACGAGGGAAAGUCUAAACGGGCCGAAAAAUAUAUAUGGAAAGAAGCGAGAAGAGCCCCUGGGGACAAUGUCUUACCAGACCAGUUCCAAACGGUCGCCGCCGUUCUGGCUUCUGAUUGGUGCCAGAAAAACACAUGGUAAGACAUUGUCCCCAGGGGCUCUUCUCGCCCUUCUUUACUUUUCUUCGUUCCAUAUAUAUUUUUCCGCCCGUUUAGACUUUCCCUCGCCCCCUUUAUCUGCCCCUGGGUCUCCGAGGAUGGCCUCUGCGGAGAGGUUAAACUGUUUAAUUUUCCUUCGUUAGGACGCAGCAGGGCUUUGAAAGAUACACGUGUCGUUUUCCUCCUAACGAGAGCUCUUUGAAGCUGAUUGGCGAUGCUUGCAGCGCAACUGUAGUGUUGGACCUUGUUUACAAAAACGAAACAAAAAACGCCAGAUACUUAGGAAAGAAAAUUGUACGAAACAUCCCCGUCAAAGGAUGGAGAAUAUGUAAGAAGGAAACUGCUAUGGAUUACUGGUAAGUUCUCCAUUAUUUCUCUCUACUUUAUUACAACAUGCAACACAAGCCUAAGUAAAAAACAUUAUGACUGCGAGUAAAACUCUUUAUCCCUUAGACAAGUAGAUGCGUGAAUCUGACAUACAACUUUCUGGGAUGGGUCACGUGUCAGGAGAUUUCGAAUUCGCGGACUCAUUGAAAGUCUUUACACUAGAGCCUAAAUAAGCUAAGAAAUAUUUCAAGACAAGUAAAUUUUAAUCACUUCAAGUAAAAUAAAGCUUCACACACAACCGAUUCUUUUUUACUUCAGGUUAACUUACGGCCAUUUUCCCAUGCAACAUAAUUAAGAUUGAUUGACAUGUUUUGCCUUUCUCAAAGCUCACGAAACCGCAAGUCAGCUAAGUCGGUCAUAAGGAUGGUUUUCAAGUCGCUUGAAACUUUCUUGAAUCGUUUCCGACUUUCCGACUUUAAUGAGAUGUAAAGUAAAGUCACUUGAGACUUUACUUAGGCCUUCACACACUAAUCUUUGGCUAAGUAAAACUUAGCAGCUCUUAAGUCUUACUUAGUUAAUCCAAUGAAAUUCAUUGGCCCCAUGUAAGGGAAUCUAGAUUUCGGAAUCCGUGAAAUUUUUGCUUGUGGAAUCCGGAAUCUUGGGCUUUGGAAUCCAGAAUACAACGCAAGGAAUCCGGAAUCCAAGUCCCACCGACAAAGGUUAAAAUUCCACGGCUUGGAAUCCAGAAUUCAACACUCUUUUUGGAUUCCCUUAAAUCGGGUAGUUUUUUUUUAUAUAAUUGAAUUUCUGUUUUCCCUUUGUUUUUAAUUCAUAAACAUACAUUACCAUACCCAUAAACAAAUGAAAAAAUAAAAAUUAACUGAAAUAAAAAAUUAACUGCAACAUACUCACUCUCUGGACACGCGACCAAACCGGGAUUUUUUCUUUUUUUCUUGUCUUUACUUGUUCAUUUGCUUAUUUUUUUUUUUCCACUGUGGAUACUAGCCAUUAAGUGCAUAUCUUUCUCAUUCAUUCUUCAGGUUCUCUGUUCGAGGCUGGGUGCACACAUGUGGAGACACCCCGGUCCCGGUCGUUGUCGAAGCGCGGCCACAAAACGCAGCAGGACUGACCGGGGGGAUCAUUCAUUCCUAUACGUUCCUCGACUUUUACUACAAUGAACCCGAAUUUAAAGUUCCUAAGGAAAUCUGGUGUUGGGGAGCAGCUCACCCCCCUCCUUUACCAAAGUUCCCAAGGAGAUUUGACAUCAACCUGGAAUAUAUUAAUUCUGAAGAUGAUCGUAUUUGGGCGGUUCGGGUAAGUCUUUGGGGUGAAGCCAGGUAAUUGAACCCAGGACUGUCUGAGGACUAUCAAGACUUAAAACAAAACUGAAUGCAAGGCUGGCAAUACGGCAAAGGCUGAUUUAUUUAAGGCCAAUAUUUAAGAUAGCAUUAUUUCGGCUGUUUCGUAUUGCCAGCCUUUCAUUCAGUGUUGUUUUAAUCCUAUUUCAAGUGACGUCUGGCAUCAGCAUCUCUACAUUAGAGAUCCGGCAAGAAAGAACCAGUCGGUUUUAUUUAUAAAUUAUGCGUUGAGUGGACCUCUGAAUUCAUUGGUGUUUAUUAAAACUUAGUUGCAUAUAGCAGCAGUGGUACCCACCAAAAUAUCAGAUUUUCCGGAUGGCUCUAGAAGCAAAGACACGGUAAAUACGUAAAUACUGACCUAUUUUGUCUAUUUUCAUACAUCCUCUUAUAAAUUCAAAGUCUAACGGACUGCUACAGAGUCUGGGCCGCCUGUACUUUAACCAAGCCCGCUUGUCCAUGACAUGUUAAGUAAGAAACGAACGUGGAUUCAGCUAACAUGAACCUUAUUUAUCCUUACAGGAAUACUAUGAUCUUGAAAAGCAGCUGUAUAGAAAGGAUUCGGAGUAUCAUCCCAAAGGAUCUAGCUUGACUGGCAUGGGAUCGUACAUAAGAAACAAAAAUACAAAGGAAAGCAUUUACUACAACAGAAAGACAGGUAAGAGAGACAUAGUUAUUGGAAGUCGUUAACGCUAGCAUGACUGGCACCAUCAUCAUCAUCACCUGUGAACUGAACACUUAUAAUACUUGUUUAUUACAGGUGGAAAAAAUAACCGAAUGAGUUGCUAGCUCAAAAUUUUUCAUCAUCAUCAUCACCGUCAUCAUCGUUAUCAUCACUUCUCGAAAGUUCUGUUAAUACAGUUUUCUUUCCAUGAGGUUUUCAUCGCAUUAUUUCGAUUGCUAUUUCACCAUCCUCCCACCAACAUCAUCACAACAUUAGCACCACGACCUUAAUGAUUGUUUUAAUAAUGAUGCUGCCAUCAGAUCAAGCAUAAUCAGAUUGAAAUUAGUCCCUCCAGGGAGUCUAAGCCAAGAUAGGUCGAUUUAUGAUGAUACAUAGUUUAAUUUUUCUCACCGAAUUGAUGAAUUUAGUUUUUGCUGUUUGUUGAUUAGUUGAUGUCUGACCUAACGAAAAAAUUUCUUUCAAUUUCAGGCCGUUGCCAAAAGCAGAAAUUACAAAACCCAUAUCCUGUACUGAAAGGAAGUCACCGCUACAUGGUCUACGCACCCUUUGGUAAAUUAGCACUAUUCGAAGAUCCUGACGCAAAGCCUUUAUAUCAGGGCAGGGCUGUCACUAGGGGAAUCAAUUGCGAUGUCUGGGUACAGAGACGAAUGAACUGGCCUUCUGACAAUGUGACAGAAAUGAUAUGGAGUUGGUAUUUCACCCAAGCGGAUUGGCGAGCAAAUUACGAAACACAGCCGGUAAGCUAAUUGUGACUCACGUCCUUUCACCCUGUCGCCCAGGGCUCCAGUAUCCGGGAAAUUUUUUGCUUGUGGAUUCUGGAAUUCUGGGCUUUGGAAUCCGACAUCCCUGGAUAUUCUUGAACUCUCGCUCACAGAAGAAAAUGUAUAAAUUAAAGGGGGCACUUUGAGGGAGAUUUGUGUUGGGGAGGCCUUAUGGGUAUGUCGAGGCUUUUCGCCUUUGGUAAGAGGACCAAGGAAUCCUUUAUCAGUAUCAUACUCUUUUCUUAGAUGGGAUAACAAGAUCCAUAAGGAUGGGUCAUUUGUCGAUCCUUACUUCUCAAACUCAUUAAUAAUUCAUUAAGAAAAUACAAAGGAAAUUAAUGUUUAAUGAGUGUUUGGAAAUCGGAUGAAACACUGCUUAGUAUUUGCAUCCUUAAUUUCUCCUUCAAAAAUGAUUUUGUUUGAGAAGAAAUAUCAAACAUUCGACACAGUGUUUCAUCACCAGAUGAAACACCUCGAAGUUCGUCAAAAAUACUCCGCUGCGCGUCGUAUUUUCAACUCUCUUCUCGGUGUUUCAUCUGGUGAUGAAACACUGCAUCUCAUGUUUGAUAUAUUACAUGAAACACUCAUGCUUGAUAUAUUACGUGAGCAUCUUUCCGAAAAGCAAGCUGAGUACCUCUCAGUUCUCAUUUUAGUGCUCAAGAGAGGCUAAUGGAACCAUUUUUCUCUCAUGUAGGGCUAUAUUCAAAGCUUCCUGACUUUAAUUCGAUUUCAGGUGCCAGUAAAACUAGGGAUACGAGGCAAUAUCACUAUAAACGCCACUGCGCAUGUUGAAAUGGAAACGGACAUAAACUUCUACUCCUUCGAAAGUCGUUACCCUGCCGUAAGAGCUUUUGACGUAUCAUCCCUUUGCUCCCAGGAGCCGUCAGCAGCACCGCAGAAGAGCGGGUUAUCUUCGGGCGCCGUCGCUGGAGUAUCGAUUGCAUGUGUCUUUUUGGGUUUGUUGUUGGGAGCUGUGAUUGUUUACUUUGUAUUCAAGAAAGUGGUGUUAGCGAGAAUGGGACCUUUACCCAAGCAAUUUAAGUAGAAUUGAAAGUGAUCAGUAUAAAUUUGGGAGCAAAACGUUUGUCUUCGUUUAGUGCAUUCAUAUAAUCUACUUACAGAUCAUGAACAGCUAAACCUUUCUUUCUGAUAAUACAUGUUGAAUCUAACUACGUCAAAUACUUUUUAAUGAAAUGAAUAAUUUCGUUUUUCCCACUCUUUACACGCUAUUAUUUUUUUAGAACCUUUAUUUGUACAAGAACGUUAGAACGUUGAGGCUGAGAAUAAACUUACACUAGACUACGAGUAG